AUGCGGAAAAGCCAAGCUGAGUACUAUAUCAGGAAAGUGAUGGUGCGGAACCAGAAGCUGAGCAAAGCCGCUGAGAUGGGACGUGACGAAGAGAUUCUCAUCAUAGCCGUCACUUGCAGCAGCGCAUAUAAUGGAAUGGUCCUCGCGGAUACAACUAGCGGGACGGGACGGGAUCCGACGUAUGAGGGACUUGACGUCCCCGAUUAA